AUGACCAUCUUCUUCCUUUUGCAGUCAUCUGCAUUCUCACCUCCCGGUGCGCUACUUCCCUACAACAAACAACCUCCCGACAAGAUGCGCAUCUCCAUAUCCAUCGUUGCCUCCGAUGUCAACAUCGAAUCGGACUUCCUCCCUUUAGACGUCUCUCCAGAUAUGACACUGAAUGACAUCAAAGCCAUCGUCGAAGCCGAGAUCAAUGCCCCUCCCGAGGCACAGCAUUUCCUAAAAGAUGGCACCCCUGUCAAUGACACAACCCAGAGUCUUACAGACCUGAACAUACAGGAAGGGGACGUGGUGGCUAUGGCAAUACAAACCUCCAGAUCGAGGAGACGGCCAGCCCAAGAUUCAACAGGUGCACAGCCUGCACAACGAACACGAACUGGCAAUGACACGGAACAACUGAGAUUAAGGCUUCUAGGAGACCCGGCUCUCAUGGCUGAAUGCCGCCGUCAGGAUGCCGAAUUGGCCAACGCAGCCUCCGAUCGAGAGGCCUUUCAUAAUGCAUGGAAUACGCGACAACGGCAACAUGAGCAAUCCCAGAGAGAAAAACAAGAGCAAAUUGCACUUCUGGAAGCCGAUCCCUUCAACGUCGAGGCCCAGCAAAAGAUUGAGGAGAUGAUCCGCCAGGAGCGAGUUUCUGAAAACAUUCAAAAGGCUAUGGAGGAGAAUCCCGAGUCGUUCGGUCGAGUGACCAUGCUAUACAUCGACGUCACAGUGAACAAUGUUCCGAUUAAAGCGUUUGUGGAUUCCGGUGCGCAGACUACCAUCAUGUCCCCAGACGCGGCAGAGCGCUGCGGCAUCCUUCGAUUGAUAGACAAACGUUAUGGGGGCAUCGCAAGAGGAGUCGGAACUGCUACAAUUCUGGGACGGGUCCACUCGGCAGACAUACAGAUCGGACAAUACAACUUGGCAAGCAGCUUUACGGUGAUGGAGGGCAAGGACGUGGAUCUUCUGUUGGGGCUGGAUAUGCUGAAGCGCCAUCAGAUGUGCAUUGACCUGCAAAAGAAUGUACUCCGGGUCCAGACCGACGAGAUUCGAUUUCUGCCAGAGAACGAGAUCCCCAAAAUGAUGGAGGAAAUCUUGGAGAGUGAGCCCAAGGUGGCAGGACCUGGGGGCAGCACGAUCGGUGCCACCACUGGCACACUUGAACCGCCUGCUGAAGCAUCAUCGAAAACUGGUGCAACCGAGCCCGGCAGGUCGCAGGCCAGCAGCAGUCAAGCCACUGCACCCCAGGCAGAUUCCAGUACCAGCAAUUUCGGCCAGUCUCAACCCAUUACUGCCAGUUCAGUGGCCAAGAUCACGGAGCUCGGUUUUACGCGUGAAGAAGCGAUUGCAGCACUCCGACAGGUCGAUGGGAAUGUGGAGUUGGCAAUUGGACUUCUCUUGUGA